AAUUUUAGAUGAUAUCGUUAUACAUUCUCGAUAUAUUGAUAAAUAAACCUAAUACCAAAAAUCGAAAUCGAUUCUAGUCGAUUAUUAUAAUUGACACGAAUUGAAUUAUACUAUUUAAUAUCAUCAUGAAUGCAAUAAAUAUGAACUGGUUAAGCUCAGCUGAGGGUGAAUCUUUAAUGCAUCAUUUUUACAUUAAUUCAUCAAAAAAGAGACGAUUUUAUGGUAUCUUGGAAAAACCAUCAUUGCCAUCUUCCAUCGAGGAAGUUACUUAUAAAAUUUUUAUGAUUGGUAGAUCAGGUGUAGGAAAAACUUCUGUCAUAACACGUUUAGCUGGUUUUCCAGAACCUAAUAAUUAUAUUGAAACUAAUGGUAUCAAAAAAACCAAUGUUUUUUGGCCGGUGAAAAUCUGGGAUAAAGUUAUACUAUUUAAAUUACAAUUCUGGGAUACAUCAGAGAGCAGUAUUAAAAAAUAUAAUCACAUCUUACCAGCAUGUAAAGAUAAAGUAGAUGCAGUAUGUUCUGUCUUUUCCUUCGAUGAUGUAACGAGUUUUAACGACAUACCUUAUCUGAUAAACACGAUGAGUACGAUCAAAGAAAAACCAGCGAAUAUAGUAAUCGGCACAAAAUUUAAGCCAUGGUCAAAUUCGAUGGUAGAAGAAACUCAAGUUAAAGAAUUCGAAGAUAAGUGGAAGGUGAAAAUUAUUAAAAUUGAUUCGAAUAAAUUAACAAACAGAUCAGAACUCUUUGACUGUUCUUACCAACUUAAUACUAUUUGCAAUAUUUUGUGGAAUAGAGAUAAAGAAUUUAUAUCCAAACAAAUUGUUCAAAGUUGAAAAUUGUUGUUACUUAUUUUUUUAUAAUUUUAAUUAUAUUUAAUUUAAAAGUCAUGUAAUUAUUAGAUUGAUCAAUCAUGAUUUAUGAAAAUUAAUAUCUAAUCAUAUCAUAGCCAUCAUGACUACAUUUUGACAUUUACACAGGAGCAUUGGUAAUGAAUGGAAGUGUUAUAGUUCAAGAUGGUUUUGAAUUUUUAAAUGAAAAAUAACAAAUUUUUCUCUUCAAAUUAUAUAUAUAAGACUGUGUAAGAU